AUGGCAGAUGAAGUAACAUCACAUAACUGUGAAAUUCUCUCAGUUUGCAUCCGUUUCCUUGAACUAAAAUCAGAUGAAAAGCCUGUAAUACAUGAAAUGUUGAUAGACUUUGCACCUCUAGCACGAAUAACUGGUGCCGUAAUUGCCGAAAAUAAUAAAGAAACAUCAGCAAAGCAUUCCAUUAAUAUCGGUGACUGCAAGGGACAGGCAUAUGAUACAACCGCAUCAAUGAGUAGCAUAAAUGGGGUUCAGGGACGUACUGCUCCAGAUGCUGACUAUCAAGGUUGCCUGUUACAUUCUUUAAAUCUGGCUAUUUGCCACACUUGCGCAUUGCCUCCAAUUCGCAACAUGAUCAAUACGUGUCACGAAAUAUAUAUUUUCUCUGACAGUUCUCCAAAAAGACAAAAGUUUCUUGAAGCCAUUAUAAAAGCACAGUGCCCAAAAUCAAAGGUUCUUCGACUUCAGGGCCUAUGUAAAACCAGAUGGACCCAAAGACAUACAACGUAUGAUACGCUCUUCGCUCUGUAUCCAUACCUCCUACGAGUGCUUGAUGAAAUCUGUAUGCCAUCAGGUAACACCUACUCACAGACUAGCUCUACAGAUUGGAACUGGGAUAAAGAUACUGAAGUCAAAGCAAACGGACUUCGACACACACUGCUUAGUUUUGAACAUCUUUCAGCUUUUUUCUUGGCCAAGGAACUUUUGGAGCCCCUGUCUCCACUUGCAUCAUCUCUACAAGGUGAGCAUAUGGAAGUUUACUUGGCAUUCAAAAAAGUUGACUCAGUUAUUGAUUAUUACCAACACAUGCGUAGUGACAUUGAUACCAACUUCAACGAACUGUACAAGAGACUUCUGGACUUUGCAGCGGAAAAUAAUAUUGAGGAAAGACUAGAAACUCGAUUUGAUGAGAGCAAACGAGCUCACUACGAACUAUGUAGCCUUAUACCGCAGCUUGUGAAAAACAUGGAUCUUGAUACUAGCCAAAACAUCUUGCAUGAUAAAUGGCAGCACAUACUACCAAAGCCAGAGUCUUUCCACAGUGAACUAAAAAGGUGGAAAAACAUGUGUGAAAACUUAAAAAGCAAUGAAGCUUCCGAAAAUAUCACAUCAAUUUUAAAGUCGCAUGCCGAUGCUUGUUUUUUUCCUAAAAUACGGGAACUUCUGCUUGUGUUGGCUGCUCUGCCUAUCGGCAGUGUUGAAGCCGAACGCAGUUUUUCGUGCUUAAGGAGAAUACAUUCCAGGCUACGAAAGGGUAUGACUGUCGAGAGACUGGGAAACCUAGGUGUGAUCGCUAUGCACGCCUUCAGUAUGAAGCAAUUUGGCAUUACUAACCAUCAGAUUGCAGCAAGAUUUGUGCAGAUGCAUCCUCGACGCAUGACCUUCUCCAAUGUGCUUCUAGAUUCUGACACUUUGUAA